AAGUAAACUUUAAAACCCUUUACCAUUUUCCAUCUUCAGCGAUUUCGAAAUCCGAAUCAAUGGCUUCUUCUCUCGUUCGAACGCUUCAAAGAGUUUGUACAUUGAAACGGAACCCGAGAGCGUUAACCGCACUCGCCGCCACCGCGCCUUGUGGAGCCAGAACCUACGGCGCAGAGCCAGAACCACUGACCAAAUCGCCCUUCGAUUCCAACAUCAUUCGAAUACUCCGAAACGAAAUCGAAUACCAACACGAAUACGCGCCACCACACCAGCCUGAUACUAAAUUCAAUUCGUUUACGGUUGAAGAUAGACGUAGCGAGCAAGUGGUUACGAUUAAAGGGAAGUUUGGGGAAUGUGAGGAUAUUAUAAUUGAGGCAACGAUGUUUGAUGGGUGUGAACAUGUUCCUGCGUAUGGGGAUGAUAGUUCUGGUGUGAAUGUGCGUCUUCACCUUAGUUUAAUUGUGGAUAUAUCGAAGGGGGAAGGUGAAAAUGACUUAGAAUUCGUGUGUUCAGCAUGGCCUGACUCUUUGAAUGUUGAGAAAGUUUUCGUGUUAAGGCGCGGUCGAAUGGCGGCUAGGCCUUACAUUGGACCUGAUUUCAGGGACCUGAGUGCUAAGGUUCAGGAGAAGUUUUACGAGUACUUGGACGAAAGGGGUGUGAAUGAUGAGCUUGCGGUUUUCUUGCAUGAAUACAUGAUGAACAAGGAUAGGAUUGAGCUUCUGCGGUGGAUGGAUAGUCUCAAAUCUUUUGUGGAAAGAUAGAUAGAUAUCACUUUAAAGAAUUUACACCCAAAAGAUCAUAGAAUCCACACGAACUCUUUAAUCAUCGCCAUUCAUUCUUGAGAAAUGUCAUUGAAAGGACAUUUGGUGUGUGGAAAAAAGAGAUUCCCUAUCAUUGCCAGUGGAAUUGAACUACAUUAUGGGUUGGAUACAAUGACACAUUAUAUUAGCUUGUUGUAGCCUACAAAACUUUCUUUGUGUCGUGGAUAACAAUGACUCAUUACUUGAUGAGGUUGAUAAUGAACUAAAUGAAAGGGAAGACCAAACAACAUCAGCUCAAGUUCGUGAAGAAGAUUAUAAGUUUGUUAGUAGUAUUAUGGAUUCCAUAACAGAUGAGAUAUGACGAGAUUAUCAAAACUUGUAGUUUUUGUAAUUUAUUGUGUUAUUUGACUAUGUUAUUUGUAAUAAUAAGAAAUUGGUUAUAUGAUUAUUUAAUCUUAAUUU